UUAUAUUGUCUACGGCGCUCCUUUCACCGUUGGCAUGGUACUGCUAAUCUCGCACUAGAGAAGCGUUAUUUGGCCCGACUUUCUUGGCUUCAUUAUCUCACAUCAACUCGACUGCGUAUCUUCCGAGCAUGGAAGGCGCAACUUCAGACCGUUCGAGCUACUCGCAAAUCUGAGCUCAUCUCUAAUCGACAUUAUGCUCUUGCACUGUAUCGCCGUGUUUUUGUUGCCUGGCUCGCAGAGGGCUCGGCUUCUAGAGAACGCUUGAUGGCUGCAGAACAAAUAUCUGUAGGUUUACAGCAGAAAUCUUCAAAAGAAUUAGAUUCUUCAUAA